UAGACUAGAUUUUUAGCUUUGAUUAAAGCUUGAAUCAUGUCGAUUCGAAAUCCAGCACUCCCGCUCCUUCCGGGCUACUCAACAAACCCAAUGAUAGGGAAGAAAAGCUUUGGAGUUCGCCCUAUAUUUACGACCAUUGAUAAUGUGAACAUGUUGAUCGACAAACCGGAGGGAGUUAACAGAGUGCCUUCCUUGUACUGUCGGAAACAAGCGCCGGAUCUACCCACAUGGAUUAUGUAUGAUAAGCACAUUCUACGCUUCCAAGCUUUUUUCCAACAAACGUUACACGAAAACCGUAUGGGAAAUCAUAUAUUGCGAAAGGUUAACAUCUUAUUCUACCUUGAAGAUGGCACUAUUAAGGUGAUGGAGCCGAAAACGGAUAACAGUGGUUUAACACAAGGAACAUUGAUCAGCCGUCAAAGGAUUCGUCUUCCAUUUAGUUAUGACUUGUACUACGAUGUUCUUGACCUAAAUAUUGGCCUGGAAGUUACAUUCUUCGGUAAAAACUUUAAGAUCGUUAAUUGUGAUAACUUCACGAGAGUGUUUCUGAAUCGUCUCGGUAUCAAUGUGCCAGAUCCGAUACCAUAUCCAGAUGCCAUCGAAAGAACACUGGACAACAGAAAACCUCCAAAACAUCGACCAUUCAAACAAUUUUUGGAUUUUGAUAGACAAGUCUUGAGGUUCUAUGGUUACUGGGAUGACCGCGAUUCGGAAUUCGGUACAUUACACAACUUGGAGAUACAUUACUUUUUAGCAGACGAUACCAUUGAGAUCAAAGAAACUUUAUCCGCAAACUCCGGAAUGGAAGCUGGUCCGAUGUUUUUAAAGAGAAUGCGUUUGCCUCGGAAAAUACCACCCAGGAUAGAAAUGACUGGCGGUCCACUAGUGCCCUCUUACAGUCCCGCGGAUUUAAGCAUUGGCGCAGUUCUUAACGUGUUCGGGCGUAAAGUUGUGCUUACCGACUGCGAUCCUUUCACUAAAGAGUAUUAUCGUGUCACAUAUGGGUUCGAUACCUUCACUACCUUAGCAAUGCCACAAGACGAUAGCAAGGAAUGUAUUAGUGCGAAGAUGGCGGACCGUGAACUACCGCCGUGGAAUGGAUACGGCAGUUAUGAUGAUUCCGCUGAAAACUGUCGCACUGUUGAGCCUAAAGCUCAGCAUAGAGAUUUUAUUAAAUUUCUGAAUAAGGACAGAAUUGGAUUCGAUUCGCACGUGCUGCGUUUUUCAGCUCGUCUUAUAAGUGACAAUCCUGACGAUAUUCGACGCUACUUCAUCAUUAAAUACUUCUUGUGUGAUGAUACUAUUGGCGUUUUCGAACUCGGCGAGCGCAACUCAGGUUUCUUGGGUGGCAAAUUCUUCCGACGUGAAAAAAUGUAUCUUCCAGACGUAGAUUUCUUUGUGCCAAAAGAGCCUCCGGCGUAUACAGACAAAGACAUGUGGGUCGGCAACGAGCUAGUUGUCAACAAGCAUCGCUUCCGGCUCAUUGCCGCUGACGAAUAUGCACUGCGGUAUAUGGAACUUCAUGCUGAACAGUAUCCGAUGGCGAACAUCGCUUUGAUCAUGGACAAGAUUCGUCGUACACUGGCUUCUCAAGAAAAUGGCUAUAAGAAUUUCGUAGCAAAAUACAUGGAAGCUGUAGUCCCGGAUAUGAGAGAUCUCAUGACUGUAAGAUGUUUCAAACAAGCAUUGAAAGAAAUAAUGUGCGAGAAGAUGACUGAACACGAGUUUGUGACGUUGAUUCGAUAUUUCCGUGGUGAUCCUGGGAAAGAGAGCACACAGCGUCGGGAGAUGGUCAGGUCUCUGGUGUUCAGUGAGUUAACCCGUGGCUUGUGGGACGACCGGGAGCGCUUACGCGAGGGUCUGAUGCACGCUGAUGCGACCGGUUCGGGCGUCUUGUCCGUAGAGCGCAUGCGUCAGUUGCUUCGUGCUCAUCGCCUGCCCAUAAACACCGAUCUCCUGGAUUGUAUGCUAUCAGUGUUACUCAAAGAUGAAAACUGCAAUAUACAAUACGAGGAUAUGAUGUCGUUCCUGGACUUCCAGACUCGCCCAGUAUUCAACCUCUCAGAGGCUGAUUACCAGAAAGUCGUGCGACACGCACCGCCCCUGAAGGAUACUGAGUGUAAGCUUUGGGCUGAAGCAGAGCGGGAGAUUCAAAGCGGCUACGUUAACUGGAGCGCGUUCCUCUGCCAGUUGAACCUCGAUCACCUCGUCAAGGAACAGUCUUAGAUAAGUAUUUUUAAUAUAUAGAUAACUAUAAAAAUAAAUACAUCUGAGUGCUGAUUCCGAGUUUUGUAAGUUUACGCGCUCGAUACGUAAUUAUAACUUGGCUGAAGUAAAGAGUCGUAUGCUACAUCACAUGAUUAGAAUAUAGUACGUUCAUUCAUUUUUCCGGAUAAUGACGUUUACUAUUUCGCAAGUGAGCGCGUUUAUAGUACGACCAAGUGUCAAUGACAGCCUUUAUGAAAUAAACAUGU